AUGGCGAUUUUCUUGAUAGCACUUGUGGGUGGAGCCAGGGCAGUCUCCAUAUGUAACAUUGACUCCGCCAAGCUGAAUGAAUGUCGCCCGGCAGUGACCGGAAACUCACCAAAACCACCAACCAAGAAAUGCUGUGACGUUGUCCACCAAGCCAACUUGCCCUGCCUCUGCAACUACAAGUCUGCCUUCCCUGCAUUUGGGAUCAACCCUGCGCUAGCUAUGGCGUUGCCUAAGAAGUGUGGCAUGAGCACACCACGAGAAUGCCAUGGUAAGAUACCAAAGCUUUGCAUGGUUACUACUAAUAUGCCUCUGAUUUGGUUUGAAGCACUUGAGGCUGCAACAGUUUCAACAACUAUGUGA